GCUUUGUUUUCUCCGCCAUUCUUAGCAGCUGCAGAAGUUUUUAAUAAAAUAAAAUGUUUUAGUCGUUUUGUUGAUAAAAUUGUGUUAAAAUCAUAAAAAUAUUGAGAAAUAUCAAAAAUGGCACAACUUCGUGAUGCUAUAAGUGUGAGAACCACACGUUUGAACAAUGUUUUACUGGGUGGAGGACGAAGUUAUGGAGUUAGUGCUGCCUUGGCGGAAACCAUGACUCGCGAGAGUUUAUUGGAUGCCUUUAGUUUGCUGUAUCAGGAAUGUGAUAAAGAUACGCUGCGCAAGCGGGAUAAAAAUAUCGCAGAAUUUGUAAACAAAUAUCGUAGCAUUAUGGAAGAAACCAGCCGUUUGCGUGUAAAUGUUGAAGAUUUUAGUGUACGCACUUUGAUUGGCAAGGGUUACUUUGGAAAUGUUCAUUUAGUUGUUGAACGACUUACGGGCGAUGUUUACGCCAUGAAAAAGAUAAAGAAGUCAGUGGUUACAACAUCGCAAGUAAAGGAAGAAAGAGAUAUCAUGUCCAAAAGAUGUUCGGAGUGGAUUACAAAUUUACAAUACGCCUUUCAGGAUAAUGAACAUUUGUAUUUAAUUAUGGAAUAUUUACCUGGUGGUGACUUAUUGAGUUUAAUGUCCAGACAUGGUCCCUUCGAUGAGCCUUGGACCCGUUUCUAUUUAGCUGAAUUGACUUUAGCUAUACAUGCUCUCCACGAAAUGGGUUAUGUUCAUCGUGAUAUCAAGCCUGAAAAUAUUCUUAUAGAUCGUUUUGGCCAUAUAAAGCUGGCAGAUUUCGGUAAUGCAGCCGCCUUAGAUCGGGAUGGUCAUGUAUUUAGCUUAUCUCCAGUUGGCACUCCGGAUUAUAUUGCGCCUGAGUUAUUGCAAACAAUUUCAACAUAUAAAUUGACUAAAAAUAUGCACGAUGUCAGUUGCGAUUAUUGGUCUAUGGGUAUUAUUGGAUACGAACUAAUUUGUGAAACAACCCCAUUUCAUGAAGACAACGUUCAUGAAACCUAUUCCAAAAUCCUUAGUCACUGUGAAGAGAGUAGUCUUAAGGAGUUGAUUUCAUUUCCCACCGACAUAAAGAUUUCGAAUAACUUUAGAAACCUUAUCGAAUCUUUAGUUACUAAUCCCUCGAACCGUUUAAACUAUGAAGCUAUACGGAAACAUCCGUUCUUCAAAAACAUAAAGUGGGAGAAAUUGCGUUCGGAAGUUCCUCCAAUUAUACCCAAGUUACAAGGUAACGACGAUACCUCUAAUUUUGAAGAUGUACAGCGUAAGAAAACUAAAGCGGCUGGUCCAAAUGCUAAGAAAUCGUUAAGUACAUUGAUGGGUUCAAAUGAAUUUUGUGGUAAAGAUUUACCAUUUAUUGGCUAUAGUUUUGUACAUAUGGAAAGGAACGAAGUGGAGGCUGGAGCUGUUGAGGAUGCCAGAUUUACAAAAGUAAAUAAUAAGCUAAAGGAGCUGCAACAAAAGCACAAAGAGCGUUUGGGGGAAAUCACACAAUUGAAGCAUGAACUUUUGAGGGCCGAACUGACGGCAAAACAAUCGAAUACUCAAUCUCGAAUACUGCAAGAUGCCAAAGAUGAAAUAACUAAAAUGAAAAAUGUCAUUAAAGAAAAGAACAUGGAACUGGCAAACUGUCGCACACAAAUUAAAACCCUGCAGAGCUCUUUAAAGAUCGAACAGGAAAUGUGGGAAAAGAAAGAAACCACUAUAACAGACCUCUUGCGUAUGAAUCGUCAAAAGUAUGAAGAUGCCAAAAACGCCACAGAAUCGCGCUAUGAAAAACGCAUCUCUGAGAAGAAGGCUGAAGUAAAUGCCAUCAAUAAGAAACUCGAUGAACGCGAUGCGGAACUUUCGGCCAAGGUUGAAGAAUGCGCACAUUUACAAGAGAAAAUGGAAAAUUAUAAAGAUAUGCUGAAACAGCAAAAGGAACAGGCUCAAAGAGAUCUGGACGAGUUUGAAAAGAACAAAACACACUUGGUAGAUAUCUAUGAGCAAAAAUUAAUCGAAUUGCGUAAUAAGCUGCGUUAUGAAAAGGAUCACAAGUCCCGCUUGACCAUGGAAUUGAGAGAUGUCAGAAGUGAGCUGGACGACAGUAUUAUUUCUACCAAAUCUACGGAGGAGGCUAAACAAGCUACAGCCAAAAAUACAGAUGAAAUCCUUAAACGUUUGAAUGAUGAAAUUAAAGCGAACAACGAAUUACACAAACAAAAUACAGAAUAUCAGCAAAAAUAUUCAGAUGUGCAGAAACAAGUAGAGACUUUGCAACAGGAUGUCAAUCGUUUAGAACGAGAAUUACAGGUUGCCGAAUGUAGCAAGAAUUUAGCCGAAAGCAAUUUGGCAACUCACACUUCCCCAUAUGAAACAGCACCUGGCUCGUUAACAGACAUACGUGUUAUGGAAGAGCAAUUACGUGCUGAUUUGGAGACGGCUAAAGAAAACGAGAAUACCCAAAAAGCCAGAGCUGAUAAGCUUCAAAAUAUUGUUGCCAAAUUAGAAGAAAUGUUAGAGCGUUUCAACGAACAUAGUCUAUCGCCCUGCAAACCACUACCAGCUCCCCGAAAUGGCCAUGGUCAAGUGCAGUCUGUGGGGGAUAUGUUGGAAAAACAAAAUGAAAAACUUGAAGAUAAACUGGCAGCUGUGCGCGAACAAAUGAUUGUUGAAAGACAAUCGGCACGCUCUGCCAAUUUAGCUUUAUGGAAGGCUGAAAAGCAAUUGGAAGAGGUAUUAUCUGAAAAGAAAAUGACCCAAAGGAGAAUGGAGUUAACGGAAGAGCGAAUAAAAAAAAUGCAAGCGGAAAAAGAAGAGGCAUUACGUUAUGGUAAACUAACCGAGGAAGCUAAAAAGCAGAAAGAAGAAAGAAUCGAAGAGAUGAGACAAGAGAUUAUAGCUUUAAAAGCUGACGUCAAUAAAGAGCAUCGUAUGUGGGAAAGAGCUGAACAGGAGCGUAUGAAAUGUAAAUCUGAGAUUAUAGAACACAUUUCGAGUUGCAAAAAAUUGGAGGAUCGAUUAACCGAAGCUCGACAAAAACUACAGCAGUGUCAACAAAAGUGUGAUAAACUAGACUUUGAAAAUAAGUCUCUUAUCAAAGAGCUUCAUGAUGAAAAAGAUCGUCAUUCAAAUACAAGUGAUCAGUGUUUAGCACUGCAAAUACAGUUGAAAAACCUGCAAGACAACUACGAACGCUUGAAGUACGCUUGCACAGUCACCGAUACACAAUUAACUGAGGUGGAGACCAUGUUGGAAAAGGAGCAAAAAUGUAACAAGUCACAACAGGAAAAAUUGGAUCAGUUGUAUGCAGCCGCUCGUAAAAAGGAUGAAUUGGGGGCUCAAUUAAAGAAACAAUUAGCUGAAGAACAACUACAAAAACAAACAGCCGAAUCAGAAAUUGCUACAUUAAGAAAUGAAUUGCAAGAAUGCCGUUCCAAUCUAGAGGAAUUACAAAGAAAAUUCACCAACCAACAACAGUACACAAUGGAACAAACUACGAGUUUGUUUGUUACACAAGAAAAAGUAGAUGUCUUACAAAAUGAAAAUCAAAAUAUACAAGCUGUUAAUGAUAAUCAUCAGCGCGAGCUGUUGCUAUUGAAAGAAGAGAAUGCUCGAAUACUAUCUGAUCUCUUCAUUGCCAAAGAGGAGUCACAACAAUUACAACAAAAUCUUAAAGAUGUUUAUGGCCAAAAUGGGGACUUGCAAAAUGAAGUACAAGAUUUGAAGAGAAUACAGGAGGAGAAGGAAAAUUUCUAUUUACAAAGAGACAUAAAAUCCGAAGCCACCCUAGCUCAGCAUAAGAAAUUAAUAGAUUAUCUACAACUAAAGGUAGAGGAUUUGACACAGAAGAAAAAGAAGACACUAGCGGACAAACUAUUUGGAAGUAAUAACUCCUCGCAUUCUAGCAAAAAAGAAAAUGUCGGACCUUCAAACAUUGAAACAUCAAUUCUAUAUCGCACUCUACAAGAAGAAUUGAAAAGAGAAAAAAAUAAAUCAAAGUCCCUGCAAGAAAAAUUGGACAAACUGCAAGAGAAACAAAUUUGUGCUACUAUGAGAUCGCCUUUAAAAAGUAAGGAGAAUCAGACAGGGAAUUCAUCACAUACAAACUCUCCAAGAAAGCAAGAAGGAAAUAGAAUUUCUCUUACAACAACUUCAUCUCCAAAGAAAAAUAACAUCGACAACAACGAAUGCGGCACUGCGAAACAUUUGCAGUCUCAUCACCGUUUUGAAUUAGCUUUACAAGAAACUAACAUCGAAGGAGUUCAUUGUUUAGCUUGUCAAAAUCCUAUUAUAUCAGGUGCGGCAUAUUGGAAAUGUAGGGAGUGUAAGAACUCGGCGCAUCGAAAGUGUCGCAGUGACGUGAAACAGGCUUGUGGUGAUGUUGGCGCCAUAUUGGCAGCAUUUGGUUCCGAACCUGCGGCCGAAUGUUUGGAAACGAUGGCUCUUGAAGCAGCAGCAACAGCUCCUUUAGAAACCGAUCUAGAUGCUGAAUCAGUAGGGAAGUUUUCAUACGAGGGCAAAUUAGAUACAGACGAUGGCACAAGUUGUGAUGAUUCCUUGACGUUUUCUAACAAAAAGUACCAGGGAACAUUAGUAUUUACAGUACCACAAAAUCGCACGGAACAUACUUUAGAGGUGGCUUGUGCUUAUGAGAUGGAAGAAAGUAAAAUUCUUUUGCUCGGCUGCAAUACAGGAUUAUAUGCUUUGCAUCUUGAGCAGCAAAAAUUAGUUAAUAUUGCUGGUGUGGACGCUGUUAGCUGUAUAGCAAUUUCUCAGCCUUUGGCAAAGGUUAUAAUGGUGGGAGCCAAUGGGGAAUCGUUGUACCAAUGUGACCUAAGGCAUCUGCAAUCCCGCAGUCAAGCAAGUGCUUGCUUAAGACCCGCUUUGGAGGCUUCAGUUUUGGAUCUUCCUUUUGCCAAUCGUACUUCCUCGGAAAAAUGGAAGCUAGUACAAAUUUCUCAGGAAACCGAGCAACCUUUGGAUACUGUUGCCAUUGCCGCCACCUCAUCACGCAUUGUUAUUCUUAAGUAUGACGUAAAACAGCAGAAAUUCAAACCAGUUCGAGCAUUAGAUACAGCUACCCCAGUUUCAUCUAUAAUCUACACACGUCAUACGGCCAUUGUUAGUUCAGAUAAAUUCUUUGAAAUUGAUCUCUCAACCUAUGGAGCAGAAGAAUUUGUAGACGUUGCAGAUCAGUCUCUUUCCCAUACACAAAAUUGCCAACCUGUUGUAGCGCUUCGCAUAUCGAAACAAGAAUUUCUUUUGUGUUUCAUGGAAUGUGGCGUAUUUGUUGAUGAAUACGGAUGUCGCUCUCGUCCCUACGACAUUAAUUGGGAAUAUACGCCCUGCGGUUUUAUGUAUCGCGCCCCAUUUCUAUAUGUUGCCCAUUUUCAAUCGAUGCAAAUAAUACGUUUACAUCGUUCUUAUACCAACGAAAUGUUGACCGCAUCAGCCACAGGCGCUCAAAAAGAUUUAGACGCUGAUGUCGACGACACACAUAGUGGUCCACUACUAAAACGAUCAUAUAUACCGUUCUAUAUGCCAACACUUCUAACCGAAAGCGGCAAAUUAAAUGCAUUCAUGCUGGCCAUACAAAAAAAUACUGGACUUCAGGAUAUAUAUCACCUUGAUGCUCUGCAAACCUUUAAGCAACAGCACAAUGAAUCGAUAGAUACUAUUUCAUCUAUUGCAACUUCAGUGACAUUGGAUUCAGUGGCUAUUACGUGUACUGACACCGCUACCACCUCUGAAUAAAAGUAAAACAUUUUCCGAUUUUGUUUUUUCAUGUUGCAUGUAUUUGGAUGUUAUUACAUGUAUUUUAUUUCUUUCGUUAAUUGGUAAAUUUUAUAAGUUACUACACACGUAUUAUUUUAAUUAAAUGAUAUUUUUUAUAUUUAUUUAUGUACAAAAUUUGUAACACAAUUUAACAUAUAUUUUCCCAAUAAUAAAAAUCACGUUUUAUUAUUUUUUGCAAAUAUAUUUUAGUUUAAAAAAAAACAUUUACGAUGGUUUGCUCAAAUUUUACUUAAUUAGUUUUACUUUUGUAAGCCUUAGAUUUAUAAGAAGUUUCUCAAAUAAAAUAAAACCAUAUAAUCCUUAUUAUACCCUUCACCAUGAGUGCUAAGGGAAUAUAUAAGUUUUUCAUUCCGUUUGUAA